UUAUAUACCAUCUAUAGAAUGCACUUAAAAUUUUUCAAUUUCUUUUGUAAAUGAUCUCUGAUAACGGAUCUUGCAAACAAUGUAUAAUCGAUGUGAUAAUAUUAUCUAUAAUGUUCUCGGCGCGAUGCGUUCAAUGACCAGUAACAAAGGAUUCAUAGAAGGAAAUUACAUAACAAUACUGAACACAUCAGGAAAAAGAACGGGCACAUUCCUUCUUCGGAUAUUCAUUUAUCAGGUGUUAUAUAUCAUCAAGUUUCUAGCGUAAGCUAAAAUUAUUGCAAACUGCAAUAUUUAUGCCACGUUACAAGAUAAAUAAUGGCAUACAUUAUGUGCAGCAUAAAACAAAUUUUCAGUUCGAUUAUUUCUCCUAUAUGGACUUAUCUCUGGUUCAUGAACAAGCAAGUUUCAUAUUACUUUGGUUUAGAUAUACAGUUUAUCCUAAAGCGUUGGUGGGCCUAUCAAUGCAUCUCGAAAGAGAAGAAAGCAGAAAGAAGUAAACUAAAAGAUAGCGAUAUAAUAUCAGGUAUAAAGAAAAUCUUAAAACCAUGCUCGGAUAAUCCAAAAAUUAUUAUGGACGAGAAUAGUUGUGACAGUGUAUUUUUCUACGGUGCUGAUCAAAAAGGUAAUUCGUUAUUUAUUAAAAUGAAUCACAGAGGACAUCAUACAACAGAAUUGAUCUUGCAAGUGACCUUGUCGGACGACCGAGUCUAUGUACUACCCGAUUGUCCUGAUACAAUUACAGUAGGAGGAAGUAUGAGUCAAGAAUGGUCAGCAUCUGAUCUAAAGAUUGAAUGCUUAGAACCACGACAACGUUGGAGAAUUACAUACAAUGGCUUCCUCCGAAACCAAUGCCAAGGAAAUACAUCCAAUAAUGACAACGUAAAGCAUAUUCGUCUAAAUUUUAUAUUUAUUGGUAAACCCCGAUCAUUAGAAUGGCCAGGUGACUGGAGCACCUAUUUGCAUGCGGAUGCUUUAGCACGUGAACCAUGGAAAAAUCUUGAUUGGAAGCACAAAAUUCAAUUGAUAGAUGACACCGGUUUCGAUCUAUGGGGAUCCAUUAUCGGACAGAUAACAUUCAAAGAUUUAAAUACACAUAAAUUAUAUCUACGAGGAUUAUGCCAACAACGUUGGGGCAAACACGAAUCUUAUCAAUUUCAUAAAACUAUCACAGUUGUUGGUGUUACACAACAUGGAGCUAUGUAUUAUCUUGGUGUGAGCAAUACCAAACAUAGCUUUUCACACAUGCAAAUUGGACAUCUUCAGGAAGCCGGAGGGAUAAUAACUAAAAUUGAUUGGACCGAUCUGCAACUAAGUAACUUUGAGAAAGACGAUACAAUUCCCAUGAACCACAAGAUUGCAUUUACAGGUGGAAAACAAUACAGCUCCGUAAUCAAUUAUACAGUGGACAACACAAUAACCUGUUACAAUGGCCAGCCAUGGUGUUGGGCUUGUACAGCUCGUAAUUUGCGUGUACAAUUAAACGGUACUACAGGUGUUGGAUUGAUGAUUACUUGCGGUCCAUACACUGGACCAAAGCAGACACAGACUUCGAUUGCGAAAAUUCAACGUAUAACACCGCCCGAUGCAUUUAUGCAAAAUGAUAAAUACGUUCUACAUUUUGAUGAUAAACAUUGCCAAAAUGAAAGUGUCGUAGGAGGAAAGGGAUAUUCUCUUGCAAUUCUGACAUCUAUCGAUAUUGAUGACUUCACAGUACCUCAAGGCUUUUGUAUAACGAGUCUCGCUUUGGAACGACAAUUGCAACAUCAUAAACAAUUGCAAAACUUAAUCGAUGAUAUAGUAAAUAUUAGUUGCAAAAAAGAAGAGGACCUUGAAAGUUACUGUCAAAAAGCGGUGUCCAUUAUUCAGGGUACUCCUGUUGAAAAAGAAAUUGCAAAAAUGAUAUUACGGAGUUUGGAGGAAUUAGAAUCGUCUGUAAAUGAAAAAGGUAUUGGGCGUUAUGCCGUAAGAUCCAGCGCAAUUGGAGAAGACAGUGAGGAGACUUCAGCUGCUGGUCAAAACUCGACAUAUUUAGGCGUGAAGGAUGCAAGUGACGUUAUUGAAUGCGUUGCUAAAUGCUGGGCAAGCUUAUUCUCGUAUCGAAGCGUCGAGUAUAGGCGGCAAAACGGAUUACCGAUAAGAGCAUCUAUGGGUGUUUGUGUUCAAAGAAUGGUCGAUGCAGAAGCGGCUGGUGUCAUGUUUACUAGACAUCCCACAACUGGAGAUCCGUCCAGCAUUGUUAUUACAGCUAAUUAUGGCUUAGGAGAGACGGUAGUGUCAGGGAUGAUCGAGCCUGAUACCUUAACGAUUCACAGAAAGUGGGAUAACACUCUAACUAUAGAUAGUUCUGAACCAGGAAGUAAGAAGCAUAAGAUCUUACUUGAUGAUGAUGAUGGCGUAAUUAUGAGCGAUCUGAGUGAACAAGAGAUCAAUAAGAUCUCGAUAUCCGAUACAUCCGCUCUGCGUUUAGCUAAAAUAGGAUUACAUUUAGAAUCACUUUUUGGGUCCGCUCGAGAUGUGGAAUGGGCAAUUGUCGGCGAACAGAUAUAUAUGUUACAAGCACGGCCUAUCACAACCAUUAAAGCAUGGACAGAUUUCGAAAUAAUGCACGAGUUAGACUCGGGAGUACCUUGCGACGUCGAUCUUAUGACCUUUGCCAAUGUCGGGGAAGUGCUUCCAUAUCCCAUAAGUCCUUUGUCGAUCUCCACAAUUAUGAAAGUCUUGAAUCUAUCGCUUUGCGCAAAAUUCAACAACUUUGACUGUUAUUAUCUUCAUAUGAACAAUAUGAGAUGCUUGAUGAAUUACUUAGAUUCAACUUUACAAAAUGUUAGUAAGGAAAUGACAAUGACGAACAAAAUGAUAGAUGUAGCCAUAUGCGGACGUGUAGUAACGACACCUGAAGUGCACAAGGCAGCAAUAGAGAAAUACGGUAUUGUAAGCAAAUGGCAAGAAAUGUAUAUGAUGUAUGAGAUGUUUAUAACAGCAUGGAGAAAUGACGCGAUAGUGAAAGAAACAAUCGACAUAUUUAACAAGUACACUUUGGACGCUGACGAAUUUGAUACACCUCAUGAUUUGUACAAUACCUUAACUGAGAAAUAUGGAGAAAUCUUCCUGAUAGGAAAAGGUCAUAACCUGGCGUCCCAAGUGAGCGUAUCUUACCAGAUGAUAGCGAUGUCGCUUUUAACAAAUGGAAGCGAUAACUUUACGUCUGAGCAUAUUGCGGAUAUUGCUGUUCUGUUGAGUUCGUGCACCAAUGUUAUCAGUACCGAAGUGCCGAUAGCUCUCGACAAAAUAGCGGCGUGCAUAAGAAGAAAUGGCAAAGCGGAUGAAUUUAGUAAGCUCGAAACUGCGAAAGUCAUGACCUGGUUAGAGUUAAAUUGCCCUCCAGCUGCGGAAAAAUUACAAACUUUUUUCGAAAUACACGGUCACAGAUGUGUUCACGAAAUAGAUCUCUUUACGGAACCUUGGAUACUUAAACCUGAUUAUAUUAUCAAUACGAUUCAGGUACUCGCAACAUCCGUUGAAAAGAAUCGCGUGAGUAAAACGCUUAGCGUGCAAGAAACCAUAACAUCUUUGAAAACACCCACGUCAUCGAUUAUCAAGCGUUUCCUGCGAAUGGUAAUACCCCUUUGUCGGAAAGCUGUCACGUUUAGAGAAAUGACAAAAAACAUAACUACAUCUGCUAUGCAUAAAUUGAGAUUAGCUUAUAGACGACUUGGUGUCUUAAUGGUUACGGAAGGUUACAUACCCGAUGAACAGCUCAUAUUUUUCCUGACGCAUCAAGAAAUCGGACAAUUAUUGAAUAAUCACAAUCCAUCACUCGUACGCAAAGCGCUACGUAGAAGAAAGAUUUAUCAAAAAGUAGCAAAAUUUGAAUAUCCAGAAUUCAAUACUGGCAUGCCCAUACCAAUAGAGCCGACUCUCGACGUUUCGUCCUACGAAGGAUGUACACAAAUUGAGGGUACUUCAGUUUACGGCGGUUCUGUAUCAGGCAGAGCAUGUGUGAUAACCAAUUUAUCCGAAGCAAAAAUUAUACAGCCUGGAGAUAUUUUGAUUACACACUGCACUGAUAUCGGUUGGAGUCCAUAUUUUCCGUUAUUAGCAGGAAUUGUAACAGAAUUGGGCGGUCUAAUAAGUCAUGGCGCUGUUGUAGCAAGAGAGUUCGGUCUUCCUUGCAUCGUUGGUGCAAAAGGCGCAACUCAAGUUUUUCAAACAAAUGACACCGUAUUAUUAGCUGGAGAAGUUGGAAUGUUACAACUAAUUAAAAGAGCCUAA